GGGACAUGAUCAGCUCGUUAAUAAGACGCCGGUUUGGAAGUUUACACAGAUGAGAGAUGCAGCCGGGCUGAACAGAGACCCGGUUAAAGAACGAGAGAAACCGGGAGAACGUAGAGACAGACCCCGGUGUGUGAUCCGCUCCAAACCGGGAGAACGUAGAGACAGACCCCGGUGUGUGAUCCGCUCCAGACCGGGACUAUGGUUCAGCACACGGAACAUGGCGGGCUCCGGACCCACAGCGUGUCCCAUCCCGGGGAGAGUGAGCUGCUGCCGGCCUCGGCUCGCAGCUCCGUGCCGCUGAAACCGGACUGGUGUAAGACCGCGUCCGGUCACAUCAAGCGGCCCAUGAACGCCUUCAUGGUCUGGUCUAAGAUCGAGAGGAGGAAGAUCAUGGAGCAGUCCCCCGACAUGCACAACGCAGAGAUCUCCAAGAGGCUUGGGAAGCGCUGGAAGAUGUUAAAGGACCCCGAGAAGACCCCGUUCAUCCGGGAGGCAGAGCGGCUCCGGCUCAAGCACAUGGCCGACUACCCGGACUACAAGUACCGGCCCAAGAAGAAGCCCAAGACCGAGGGGGGGGGAGCGGGUCCUGCGGGGAAACCUGCCGCUCAGUCCCCCGACAAACCGGCCGUCAGAGCCGGGAACAAGACCCCCACUGCCGCCAAAAAACACCACAAGUUAAAACCCAGCAAACCGGGCGUCGGGAGCCACAUGCAGCAGCACCCCCGGUACCAGCAGCAGGACCCCCGGUACCGGUACGUGUUCACCAGCAGUAAGCUGAUUAAACGGGAGUUUACUGAUGAUGAUGAUGAUGAUGAUGAUGAAGAUGAGGAGGACUCUGAGGAGGACUCUGAGGAGGAGCAGGACUUUAAAACAGAGGAGGGGGACUGCAGCCUGAGCCCCCCCCCUGCAGAGUCCUCCGGCCGGCUCUUCUACAGUUUUAAGAACAUCACCCGGCAGGGGGGGGGGGGCUCCCUCUCUCCGGCCUCCUCGUCCCGGUCCGGCUCCUCCUCGUCCUGCUGCGGGGAGGACCUGGACGACCCCCCCCCCGCUGAGGGCUCUGACUUCACCCUGAACCUCCUGGCCGGCCUGCACGCCUCCUCCGAGCCCUGGAACUCGUCGUGCAGCUCGGCCCCCCCGGGGAACCUGAGCCUGUCCCUGGUGGAUCAGGACCUGGACUCUGUGAGCAGCGAGGGCAGCCUCGGGUCCCACUUCGAGUUCCCGGAUUACUGCACCCCGGAACUCAGCGAGAUGAUCGCAGGGAACUGGCUGGAGGCCAACUACACGGACCUGGUGUUCACGUACUGAUCCCCGAGGGGGGGGGGGGGUGGGUUAGAGGAUCACUGUUUUCUGGUUUUGUGUAGUCCGGGUCUGAAGGUAGUCCACACAGGUUUUCUAACUUAAAGUUAUUUAAAAAUUAAACUUCUAUUUUUCAAACCAGACAGGAGGACUUUUUGUUGCCAUGGUAACAGACAGGAUCAGACUCUGUGUUCCCCCAGGACUUCAGGACCCUUUAAAUCCUUUAUUUGGUAUUCGGGGCGGCUCAGGUGUUACAGGAAGCGUUUUGAACAUAACCGGACAUACCUCAUGUUUUUAUGUUUUUAUGUUUUUUUACAGAGAUGAAAAUAUUUUCAGGAUUAUUUUUGUACCUUCAAAGGGAACGAUCAGGCACUUCUUCUUCUUCUCCCCUUCUUCUUCUCCUCUUCUUCUUCUCCUCCUCCUCUUCUUUUUCUUCUUCUUCUUUGUUACUGAGCACGUGCGGAUUCGAACCCCAGCAGCCCGCCUUGCGGUGUACAUGUUGUGUAAAUUAGUUCUAUAGUGUGAAUGUUUUUGAUGUCAUUGCCGCACGCCCUCGUUUGAUUGGCUCAUUAUUUCUGUGCAAUAUGAAGAGAAUAAAGGAGCGGCCAUGUUUGUAGGCGUUCACUCGUCCUUUGUGUGUGUGUGUGUGUGUGUGUGUGUGUGUGUGUGUGUGUGUGUGUGUGUGUGUGUGUGUGUGUGUGUGUGUGUGUGUGUGUGUGUGUGUGUGUGUGUGUGUGUGUGUGUGUGUGUGUCUGUCUGUGUGUGUGUGUGUGUGUGUGUGUGUGUGUGUGUGUGUGUGUGUGUGUGUGUGUGUGUGUGUGUGUGUGUGUGUGUGUGUGUGUGUGUGUGUGUGUGUGUGUGUGUGUGUGUG